AUGUAUUUUAUUUAUACUAGCAUUCCAUUAAUUGGUGGUCGUUUGAUUCUUCUUAAGUCUGUCCUGACUGCUCUACCUGUCUAUGCACUUUCCUUUUUCAAAGCUCUGUCAGGUAUAAUCUUUUCCAUUGAAUCUUUGUUUAAUAAAAUUUUUUGGGGAGGGGGUGAGGAUAAAAGAAAAGUUUCUUGGAUUAGGUGGGAUACUUUGAGUUUGAGGAAGGAGUAUGGAGGGUUGGGGGUUACGAGGUUGAAAGAGUUUAAUUUAGCUUUGUUGGAUAAAUGGUGUUGGCGGUUGUUAUUGGAGAAGGAAGCUUUGUGGAGAAAGGUGUUGGUGGCUAGGUAUGGUGAGGCGGAUGGAGGUUUGGAGGAUGGGGGCCGGAGUUGUUCUUCGUGGUGGAGGGAGAUUGUGAGGAUUAGAGAUGGGAUAGGUGACGGUGGAGAGGGUUGGUUUGGAUCUUGUGUUAGGAGGAGGGUGGGAGACGGUGCAGAAACGGAUUUUUGGCGUGAUUGUAGGUGUGGAGAUGUUCCUAUGUGUGACCGUUUUAGUCGCCUAUAUGACUUGACUGUGAACAAACCAAUCUCUGUUAGGAAUAUGUUCUUGUUGGGGGUGGAUGAGGGUGGGGAGGCGUUGAGGUGGCGUAGGCGGUUGUGGGCUUAG